AUGGCGUGGUUCCUCUACUCCUUGAGCUGGCUAGCUUUAGCUUUGCAAGGCAUAUUUGUCAUCUUAUCAUUAGCUUCAGGUUUAUACUAUCUGUGUGAACUCGUAGAAGAAUACUCAACAACUGCGUCGAAAGUCUUUAGGUAUCUUAUUUGGAUUACGACAGUGAUUUUUGUAUGUCUUUGGCUCUUCGAUUCAUUCCCAUUACUUGUGUGUGCAAUGGGAAUACUUGCAAAUUUAGUUCACUUGAUGGUUUUGAAAGAUUAUCCGGCCAUAGCAAUGACGUCGUUCCCCUUUAUUAUGACAGUAGUAAUGGCAAUAAUUAAUCACUUUCUCGCAUUUCGGUACUUCGCUACUGUUUGGUACCCAUUUACUCAAAAUGUGUUGGCAUACUUUACAGUUUGCCUAUGGAUAAUCCCCUUUGGAUUUUUUAUUUCUAUAACUGCUAACGACUUAGUUCUACCCACAACGGAUCAAUUUGGAGACAGGAAAAGUAUGAAUUAUUUCCAUGAUAUCUUUUUUUUUUCUAUACGGCAAACUAGUGGAUUGAAAGCAGUUAUUGACUUAGCUAGAGAGUCAAUUUUACCUGGCAAUUCUAGUAAAAGAUUUUAA